GAGGAGAGUGGUUUUCCCUUUGGAUUUUCAUUUAAGGGGUAAAAAGUAAUAAUGAGGAUUAACCUUUCUGUAGGCAUCUCCAUCAAGGUCAGCCGCCCCCUCCCUCCCUCUUCUGUCCAACUCCUUACAUGUAUAAAUAUAUAUAUAUUGUUCUCCUGUUUUCUUUUUCUUCUUUCUUUAUAAACAAUUCAAAAUGGAUCAAUCGCGCUCAAGUAGCGUACCCUUAAUCCAUAUUGAUGACGACGAUGAUUCCAGUGCAAGAUUAACAAGAUCUUCCUUUAGUUUAUCUUCUAUUCAACAGCCUUGGCACAGCACAACAGAGCAAAUUCCAUUACAGCAAAGUGAAGAAGAGGAAGAAGAAGAGGAGGAGGACGAUAGCAGCUGUAGUAGCAGUGAUGACGAAACAAGUAUUGCAAUUCCUGGUAGAAAGACAAUCAUAUCCAAUCAAGUCAACAAUCUAUUACAUCCAGAUAUACCCAUGUUGGAUCUAUCCUCUGAUAUUCUGUAUGAAGACAUCUGGAUUGAUUCACCUGUAUUUCAUGAAUAUUUACAAUCAUUGGAGACUUGGUUAUACCAUUAUUUGACCUGGCUAGAGAAAAUAGAACAGUGCAGACAAUUAGAAAUAGCUUACAGCAAAUCCAUCGCAUUAUUAUAUGACCAGACAAAAUUAAUGUUAAACGAACCAUUCUAUACCGCAGAAGAGUGCAAUAAUUUAAACUGGCCUGGCGAUACCAAAUCCAUUGACGAAGAAGUAUGGGACAAUCAAGACAUUCGAUCCAUUCUACCCUACUUGCGGGAUCAUGGCUCAAAAAUAAAGGAAACUUUGACGCACUUUGAGAGUAAUGUGGCCCAAUGCCGAGUGAAACAUAUUCAAUUGUCUAAUAACUAUUGUGGCGCUCAAAAAAUGAAGUCCUCACAAGCUAACAACAAGACAUUGGAUGAAAUCAGUACAUCAUUAUAUAUAGCCAAAAGAUCAUUAUGCAAAGUCUUGUUAGAGUAUAUUUAUGCAUUAAAUAAUCUGAUUAGGUCCACACGAACUUUGGUUAAUGAAAAGUUGAGCCCACUGUUUGAAGGCCUUCAGUCCGAUAAGCAUCGAAAUCUGAGGACACUAGAAGAGUUGGUCUUGAUUUCGACUGAUUUCAUCUAUGAUAUUAAUUCUAAAAAGCCCACGAGUACAGCUAGCAGUGCCAGCAGUAGUCACAGUAGUAAUGAAGAUCGUUCUACUUCACCAUUUCCACGUUCUUCCUUUGAAGAUUACCAUGAAGUAAAAUGAUUGAAAUAUGAACCACAUUUUAAAAAAAACUCUCUCUUUAUAUAUAUUUAUUAAUCCUCCUCCUCUCUAUGUAGUUAAAUAAUGAAAGAUUGUCUUAUUACAUUCAGGAAAAAUUGGCUUCGUAUUACAGUUGUCU